AUGGCAGACGCCAUGAUCACGGAGACUCCGCCGGCUGCAUCAUCGUCGUCGUAUCCCGCCACGCCUGAAUCCCUCGAGCGGGCUUCUGAGCUCGCAUCCACAGAUCCCUCGGCCGCUGCUGCGAUCUAUCGCGGGAUAAUCCAGGACGAUGCCACGUCAGCAGAUGCUCUUCGCACGAAGGAGACCGCCGUGUGCAGCCUCGGCGAGAUUCUUUCCAAGCAAGGAAAGGCGGAGGAGCUUCGUGAUCUUCUGACCGACUUACGUCCUUAUUUCACUCUUAUUCCUAAAGCGAAGACCGCUAAGCUUGUCCGUACUGUGAUUGAUCUAGUAGCGAAGAUACCUAACAGCACGGAUGUGCAGCUCGCGUUGUGCAAGGAAAUGGUCGAGUGGACCAAGAAGGAGAAGCGAACCUUCCUUCGGCAGCGAGUCGAAGCGAGACUCGGCGCGCUGUAUAUGGAGACUAAGGACUACCAGACCGCGCUGGCGUUAACUAGCAAUCUUGUCAGGGAGGUAAGGCGGCUCGACGACAAGCUCCUAUUGGUCGACAUAGAUCUUCUCGAGAGCCGACUCCACCAUCAACUUCGGAACAUUCCCAAGGCUAAGGCGGCGUUAACUGCGGCGCGAACCGCGGCGAACUCGAUCUACGUUCCGCCGGCGCAGCAGGGUCAGAUUGACAUGCAGUCAGGCGUGCUGCACGCAGAGGAGAAGGACUACAAGACGGCGUACUCGUACUUCUUUGAAGCCUUCGAGUGCUUCAACGGACUGGAUGACCCCAAGACCGUUCCCUGCCUGAAGUACAUGCUGCUCUGCAAGGUGAUGAUUCUGCAUCCGAGUCUUUCGCUACUGCAACAUUGA